GCGUUUCAACAUGUUUAGUUAGGAAGGGGGCGGGUUAGUGUUUGUGGUGAGAUUCCGCCACGAUUGAGGCGUCCCCACCCGAACGUUCCUUCUCGCCACAAUGACAUCAUUCCAUUCAAAUGAUGUCUCUUUCUGCAUGAUGCCGCGUUCAACAGUAAAUUCCGUUUUUAAUGGCCAAUUCUGCGAUUCCCUUAACACAGAAAUCAUAAGGCCUUAAUUAGCCAUGAUCAUUGUCAGGUAGGAGUGUCACGAGAUGGGACAGUACACAAAAUUGGGUCUAUGAGAACAAGACCAGAUUUUAACUUUACUUUUAAGAAAAGUGCAAUGAACAAAUACAAAAAUAUAUGGCUAUUUAUUGCAAUCUACUUGUAUAAUUUCUACUACGUUGCACUCGCCUACAGUCCCCACUCCGCCCCGCCUACCCCCACCGAGACAAAGAGACUGUAUGAUUGACAAAAGGGCUCACUCCGUUUAUGCCGUUGUUCUGUGGAACAAACAUGCCAAGUUGCUGAAAGCAAUGCACAGAGUGAACCGUCUUCCUGCCUGUUUGGAGACACGCACGCAACAUGGCAAUAUAUUGAGGCCAGCAAAAUGAUUAUCAUCCCAGGCCACCAGACAGUCUUGUCAUGUAUUAAUCUCGCAAGAUCUUGUGACACCCAUUCUGUCGGCAAAGAGUGUUCUGAUGGGACCAUGUGGACACGAACUAGCACCACAGAGGACUUGUGUGUCAACACGUGACCCUGUGACCAUGACCUGGGAGAGCGGUUGUUGGACUGGAAAGAUCCACAACAAGAGCAGUCGGUGAGGAAGGAUCUUUUUUUGUUUUUUCUUUCUUCAUGCGGUUUUGACUUGACAGCCUGAAGGGGACGAGUGUGAGCACCUGUCAACAAAAUGGAGGACGCAAGAGGAAGAAUCUUGCAUGGAGGAAAAACCUGAAGCAAAUCACUCAGUCAAUUCAAACAUCUCCAAAACAUGAUGUCCCACCAUCGUCAUCUUCAUCUCUCCCAUGCAGUGUCAGCAGACAUUUGAGGACAAGUUCCUAUUUUGAAUGAUAUUUGUGUUGAGGCGCAGCCAAGAGUGUGUCAAUGUUUGUGCGAUGAGGUCCCAUGCCAGGUCAUAUGGGUUCUCCAUAAGUUACCACCAGAGGGCGCCACUUCUCUGCACGGCGGGUUCUGCCUAACAGGCCCCAUCACGCAGCUCAAAUAGCAGCUGAGCUAACAGAGGCCAGCUAAGCAUGUAGGACCCAACCCCCAACAGCUAGCCCAGUCUUGCCCUGAUUGGCCUAGCAGGAGGCCUGCUUCCUUCUGACUGGCUACUGAGAACACAUCUGACAGAGUAUGCAAAUGGCCUCUGUCAGUAGAAAGCCUUGAGAGCAGGACCCGCUCACCACUGACACAGCACAGCGAGCUGGAAGAAGACCAGGAGCGGCCUGGGAAUGCUCUACUAAUAACCGCUGUCAGCUGUCAGACCACUUGGAUCUGCUGCUUUUUUUUCCAUGAGUGCUGCCAGCCUUCUCAGGUCGUUGAGUCCGUCAGCGAUGCCAGGCCCGGUCAUGCCCAUAGACGUGGCCAUGAGGUUCUACAUUAGUCAUUCUCCUCCUCCUCUCAGAGGCUUCCUGAGCGCCUACGAGGCGCCUCUACAUCGGGCCAAGAACCGGGCCAAGCGGGACCAGGCGGCUCUGCGGCCCUGCCUGAGCAGCCAGCAGAGGCCGACCCACGAUGACGGCUGGAAUGGCAAAGGCGUGAAGAAGAAGGUGGUGUUUGCUGACACCAAGGGCAUGUCGCUCACCGCCAUCCACGUCUUCAAGAACGAGGACGAGCACGGCGCAGGCAGCAUGGAGGAGUUGCAGUUUGACAUGAGUGACCUGGAGAGCGCCGCCAUGGAGCUGAAGAUCAGCUCGGUGCGCAGCCUGGCCCUGGACUUCAAGCAGCCCUCAGCAGACUACCUGGAUUUUCGGAGCCGCCUGAUCCGGAACUCGGUCUGCCUGGAGAACUGCUCGCUGCAGGAGCGCUCACUGACCGGCACCGUCAAGGUUCGUAAUGUGGGCUUUGAGAAGUCUGUGCAGGUGCGAGCUACCUUCGACUCGUGGGCCAGCUUCAGUGACGUGGACUGCACCUUCAUGAACAACGUGUAUGGCGGUCAUGACACCGACACCUUUGCUUUUGUGCUGGACCUGCCCGCCCAAAUCCCCCCACAGAAGCAGGUAGAGUUCUGCAUCUGUUUCAAGGUUCGGGACCAGACCUUUUGGGACAAUAACGACGGCAAGAACUACGUGGUCAAGCACGUGGGCUGGACCGGCGGGUCCUCUUCGUAUUCUGCUGAACACAAGAAACCGGCAGAGUCCAGAAGUGGGGGAGUGAAGGUUCUGGAGAUGGACUUGGACCAGUUUGGCAGCCCUCGCAUGUGCAGCGGCUUCUUCCCAGGCUGGCAAAGCUGGGGCCACGUCGACGCCGCCGUACCGUACUGGUGAGAACCUUGGCCUGGGUGUGGUUGGAAUCCACGGACCCGUCCAGCUGGAAGCGAACGUGCACUUAAUAAUUACAUCCUUCAUAUUGAAGGGGAACCAAGCUCUGGUCCGAACACACGCAAGAUUGUUUUGGACUUGAAAUGCACCUUGGAUAAACAUGCUGAUGUCAUCAGAUGAUUGCUUAGACUGUCCCGGUACAUCGGCAGUGGUCUGAAUGUCUUUCAUAGUUUGCACAUUCUGUAUGUAUGCGUGUGCGUGCGUGUGCGUGUGCGUGUGUGUGUGUGUGUGUUUGUGUGUGUGUGUGUGUGUGUGUUGCUGCCAAUCAAAUGUUUCCUUUUCCUUUUAUGGCACAAAAAGUUGACUUGUUUGGAAUAAAAGUUUAUAUUUCUGCA